AUGACCAGGAACGAUCCAUCUUCUCCAGACUUGGAUCAUCCAGAAAUACCUCUCACCCACGACAUGGCGGGGAUCACCACCGUGAUGAAACAUGGCGCACACACAGAGAACAACGCGAAGAUCGAGGAAAAAAGAAGAGAUGAAAGGAGGCGAGAUGAGGAACGCCGCAAUGUGGAGAAUGGAGAAAAAGGAGAUAGGAAUCGUAGAGAAAGAACACCAAAGAGGAAACCAGAAAGCAGCACCAGAGACGAACUCCUCAAAACCAUCAAUGAUCUAAAGAAAAGAGUAGAAGGAGAAGUAUCUGCGGCAAUAGGCGAAUCCCCGUUUACGCGGAGGUUGGAAGACGAAAGAAAACAAAGGCACCUAAAGCACCCAAGUCUAGACGCUUACAACGCUGCCGCUUCUUCGCGACCAGCCUCAAGGGAAAUGCGCAGAGAUGGUUUAACAGGCUCCCCGCCAGAACUAUAG